AUGAGACCAGAAAGGCCGCUGCCCUACUCGGACGACUUUACAUCGCCCGAGAACUAUGUCUCCUCGCUCCUCACCUUUGCCAACACGUGCGACACGUUCCAAAUGUUCGCCGGCGGCGUCCACCUGCUCGACUUCUUCACCAACGACCGCAGCCUCUACGAGAUGAGCCUGCCGGCCGACUGGCAGCCGUACAUCCUCGCCCAGGAGCCCAUGGACUUUGUCGAUCUGCUGCUGCGCCGCGACCUCGACGCCCUGCCCGAGGCCGAGAGGCCGCCGCCGGCGCUGGAGCGGUACAUUCGCGACGUGCGCCGCCUCUCGCUGCGUCGGGGCUUCGCGCCGCGCCGCGCGCCGCCGCCGAUCCAGGGGAAGGGGAAGGGGAAAGCGCUCGUGCCGGGCGGGCUGACGCGCAAGGUGGCCAUUGGCAUGAACCCCAAGAAGGUCCACGAGGUGAUCAACUUUGCCGACUACGUCGACGAUCUGGCGGCGUCGAUCGCGGCGCAGAGCGGCGGCGGCGACGAGGAAACCGGCGGCGACGAGGAAACCGGCGGCGACGAGGGAAACGGCGGCGACGAGGACAACAGCGACGGCAGCGGGGCCAUCACGCACCUCGUCGACUUUGGCAGCGGGCAGAACUACCUCGGACGCACGCUGGCGCUGCCGCCGUACAACCGGCACGUCGUGGCCGUCGAGGGCCGGGCGCACAACAUUGAGGCGUCGCGCGCGCUCGACGUCAAGGCGGGGCUGUCGACGCGGGAAAAGGUCAUGCGCAACAAGAAGAUGUGGCUGCAGGGCCACGGCGUGCGCUUCAACAUUACGGCGCGCAUGAUGGCGUGCCAGGCGCCGGCCAACUGGACCGAGGCCGAGAGCCACGGCUUCUUCACGCGCAACCUCUACCGCGCCGUGCUGCAGAAGAUGUUCCUCGACCGCGGCGUCAUCACAAAGGUGUACCACCGGCCGAGCGGCGAGGGCCAGACGACGACGGCCGCAGCGGAGGCGGAUCAGGGCGGGCCGCGCCGCCAGGGCGAGGGCGACACGCCGUUCGACGUCAGCACGAACCCCGUGACCAUCGGGUCGCUCAACAAGCGGUGCUACACGUCGUUCAACGCCUACGUGCGCGGGGCCGUCCAGAAGCUGACGACGAAUAAGGAGUACACAAAAUACAGCGCCAUUGUGCAGGCCAAGAUGGGCGACGUCACGGACGAGGAGAUUGCCGACUACGAGGCGCGCUUCGCCAGCCGCGGGCGCGAGGUGUCGGCCGUCUGGAGCCUCAUGGCCUUUAGCGCGGGCAUUGUCGAGUCGCUCAUCGUCACGGACCGGUGGCUGUUCCUCGAGGAGGCCGACGUCGUCAAGGAUGCGUGGGUGGAGACGGUGUUUGACUACAAGCAGAGCCCGCGCAACCUCGUCGUCGUCGGCAUCAAGAAGUAG